AUGUUGAUGAAACUAGGCAAGUAUUGGGAUCCAUUUGAUAAAAGGGUAGAGAUGAACAAGCUGGUAUUUGUAGCAGCCGUGUUUGACCCAAGCAAGAAGAUGAUCUUUGUUGAGAAAAGUUUUGACAAGCUUUACAGUAAAAGUCCGAGGAGUGAAGCUCUGAAAGAUGAAGUGAGAGAUAUUUUGAAGAAUCUGUUUGAGGAGUAUAGCAGAGAACUAAACAAGAAUGGAAGUGGUGAAUCAGGUUCAAUGGCGCAGUCAAAUGAAGCAUCUACUAGUUCUGCUCAGUCUAGAGAAGAAGCUUCUCAGAAAACGGUUCUUGAAAUGGUCUAG